GGUAAAGUUAGCAAGGCUGUCACUUAACCUAACAGCUGUGUUGUGUAGUUUAAUUGAAGUUCUAAGUGUGGUCCUGCAUAUUUUUAAACUAAUUUAGCUAAAUAAUGCCUCCAAAAAAAGUUCCCGAACCAGAGCGAAAGCCGAUCAUCGGUCGUGUAGGGACCAAUCUUCGUGUUGGCAUCGUAGGCGUGCCCAAUGUUGGAAAAUCGACAUUUUUCAAUGUCCUAACGAAAAGCUCGGCGGCGGCUGAGAAUUUUCCGUUUUGCACCAUCGAUCCCAAUGAAAGUAGGGUACCCGUUCCCGACGCAAGAUUCGAUUAUCUCUGCGAAUAUUUCAAACCUCUAAGCAAAGUACCUGCAUUUCUAAACGUAGUAGACAUCGCGGGUUUGGUGAAGGGCGCAUCGGAAGGUCAAGGACUGGGAAAUGCUUUUCUGUCACACAUUAGCGCGUGCGAUGCAAUUUUCCAUCUAUGCCGAGCCUUCGAGGAUGACGACGUAACACACGUCGACGGCGAGGUCAACCCGGUUAGAGAUCUGGACGUGAUUUCCGAAGAACUGCGUCUGAAGGACGAGGACAUGUUGUCCAAAAAUUUGGAAAAGUUGGAGAGAACGGUGGUGCGUGGCGGAGACAAAAAGAGCAAACCAGAAUAUGAUACUUUGAUGAAAAUUAAGUCCGUAUUAGUCGACGAGAAGAAGCAUAUCCGAUUCGGCGACUGGGAUGCGAAAGAUAUCGAAGUGCUGAACCGGUAUCUCUUCUUGACGUCGAAGCCUUGUAUGUACCUAGUAAAUUUGUCUGAAAAGGACUACAUUAAGAAGAAAAAUAAGUGGUUAAUAAAAAUUAAGGAAUGGGUCGACAAGAACGACCCAGGAGCUCUAAUAAUACCAUUUUCCGGAGCAUUCGAACACAAACUGCUGAGUGAAUAUGAAGAUCCCAUUCUUCGGAAAAAGUAUUUAGAAGAUGUUGGCGCAACAAGCGCCUUGGACAAAAUCAUAGUCCAAGGAUACAAAUCUCUCCAGUUGGAAUAUUUCUUCACGGCAGGACCCGACGAAGUCAAGGCCUGGACCAUUCAGAAAGGGACCAAAGCGCCUCAAGCGGCCGGUCGAAUUCAUACCGACUUCGAGAAAGGUUUCAUCAUGGCCGAGGUUAUGAAGUUCCAGGAUUUCAAAGAAGAGGGCUCUGAAACUGCCUGCAAAGCGGCUGGAAAAUACCGACAGCAAGGACGUAAUUACACUGUUGAAGAUGGUGACAUUAUUUUCUUUAAAUUCAACGCUGGGGCCGGCUUGCAACAAGCGAAGAAAAAAUGAUUGUCACAAAUAACCAUAUGUGUUAUGGUUUAUCUAUAUGUCAACAUGAUUUUUUUCUACGCAAGCGUCAACUGUUAAUUUAUUCUCACUUAAGUGGUUUUACCUAAAAUUGUUUGUCUUUUGCAUUUAAAUAUUAAAUAAAUAUUUGGCAUCCUU